AAACACUUUAAGAGCAGAGUCAGGACAGCGGGUCUGAACUCCUGUGAAUGACAGACGUGCAGCAGACGGAUACUAAUCUCUCCAGAGUUCAACUCGGCUGUCUGGAAUGAUGGGUGACGUUCAGUUUGUUACAGGGUCUCAUGUCUCCAAGACGACUAUGACUCUAGGACGAGCUUCCCCAAACAAAGAGCCCCCUGUUUUUACCCUCCCGCCACAUAAUACCCGCAUCUGCCAAGGGGGUACCGCACGCCUUGAAGGGAAGGUACGUGGAUUUCCAGAGCCCCAGGUCUGCUGGUUUAGGAAUGGUAAGCUGCUGAUAGCAGGGGAUCAUUAUUCUAUGGAACAAAGUGCUCGUGGAACCUUUAGUCUGGUGGUCCAGGAAGUCCAGGAUGACGAUAGAGGACGUUACACCUGUGAAGCUGUCAAUGAUGCUGGGAGCUGCCAGGUUACCGUAGAGAUCGUUGUGGAAGGAAAUGCUGUGAAAAAAUACAGUCUUCCUUCCUCCAACAGAGCAGGCAGAUCCAUGGGUGUUCCUGCAGUUGAGAAUAGACCCAGUAUCUGGGGUGAAAGCCCCCCAAAAUUUGUGACUAAACCUUCUCGCCUGUAUCUCAAAGUUGGACAGAGUGGCAAAUUCUCUGCCAAGAUCACAGGGCGACCCCAGCCACUGGUGCAGUGGUGUAAGGGAGAAGAUAAGAUCCAGCCAUCGGAUCACUAUAACAUGUUUGAGAGAUCAGGAAUGCAUUUCCUGGAGAUUCGCCAUGUGUGCUCAGAGGACGCUGGCCUGUACACCUGUCUGGUGGCCAACAGUGCUGGGAAAGCCUCUGCAACUGCUGAACUCAUUGUACAAGAUGGAGACACUGAGACAGCCAUCGUUCCCAAACGAUUUCAGGAUCCGGCCAAGCACAGCACCAACGGUCUUGACAUUGAACAAAAAACCUCUAGCACAUCUGUCCGCACCGUAACUACAGAAACAUGCACACCACUGUCCACUACCAUUGUAGCCAGUGUUCCCGUCAUGACCAGAGCUGACACACCAAAAAUAACAUCAACCCUAUCCUCACAACCCAUCAGCAAAUCCACAGAUGGAAGAUCACCAGCCAGUGACAAGACAUCAAACUUUGUCAAUGUAAGAAAUCAAAACAUUGUAAAGAUUGAGUCACAUGGCACGAAGAGAGUUUCGGAUAGGUUCAGAGCUCCAGGACAGAUGCCUGAACCAUCACGAGUGGAGUCCAGCAGAGACAAAAGCCAACAAACCAGAGAGAGCAACGUGGAUGUUCUAGAAACUCUCCCAAGUUUUGACUAUCAGCCUCAGAGCCAAGAGGUCAUGCAGGGAGAAAAGGUCACUUUCAGAUGCCAAGUGUCUGGGUCUCCAGUGCCAACAGUGAGCUGGGUGAAAGAUGGUGCUCCUCUCAGACAGACAUCAGGCGUCAGCACACGUCAGGAGGGCAGUCUGCAUGUCCUGUGUCUGGAGAACGCUCACAUUACUGACACGGGACAGUAUGGCUGCACUGCUACCAACAAAAAAGGAAAGACUGCAGUCCACUGGAGUCUGACUGUCAAGCGUGCGAGGGUGGAAGCUAAAGCCCCGGUGUUCAGCUCUACGCUGAAAGACUGUUCGGUAUCAGAGGGACAGGACUUUAUCCUGCAGUGUUCAGUAGAGGGUAGACCACUGCCCGAGAUCUCCUGGAUGCACAAUGAUAAGCCCAUUCCAUAUUCCCACACCAUGUUUGAGAAUAGUAAGGCUCAGCUGAAAGUUCAGGCAGCUGUUUUGGAGGAUGCAGGAGUGUAUUCAUGUGUAGCAGUGAAUGAUCAUGGCAGAGCUGUGUGUACAGCUUGUGUGCUGGUUACAGCUAAGCAAAGUGUUAAGAGGUCUGCUGCUCAUUCUGUGACUGAUGUGAGGAGACCGUCUGCCCCGGUGUUCCUCAAAGGUCUGCAGGAUCUCAGAGUCAUGGAUGGCAGUCAGGUGACCAUGACCGUGGAGGUGUCAGGUAAUCCUGCCCCUGAGGUGGUCUGGCUGCAUAAUGGAAAAGAGAUUCAAGAGUCAGAGGAUUUUCACUUUGAGAAGAAGGGCUGUCAGUAUACUCUCUUCAUACAGGAAGUGUUUCCUGAAGACACAGGCACAUACACCUGUGAGGUGUGGAAUGAAGCUGGAGACGCUCGGACUGAAGCCUCACUGACUGUGCAAGAGCCUCAAGAUGGAGUUCAGCCCUGGUUCAUCACUAAAACCAAGUCCUCUACCGCCUCUCUGGGUCAACACGCUCUACUCUCUUGUGCCAUCGCUGGUGACCCCUUCCCAGAAUUCCUCUGGAUGAAGGAAGGGCAGGUAAUAUCUGGAAGCGGUGACUUUGAGAUCCUACAGAAGGAGGAUGUAGUCUCACUGCUCAUCAGGAAAGUGAAGACCCAUCAUGCUGGAAACUAUGAGAUUCUUCUGAAGAAUAAAGUAGGAGAGUGCAGGUCAGUGGCCACUCUGCACGUCAGCGAGGACCCCAUGUUGGCUGGUGACGAUUCUCAUAAGCACCGAGGGGUGGAGAGGACUCCACCAGGCAGGGGAGGACAUCCAGAGACUCCCAGCCCUGCAACGUCGUGCUCUGAGCCACUCUGGGACCUCAACAGUCAGACAGGUCAGAAAGAAGAGGAGGGGUCUGCCACCCUUGGGCUUCUAAAACGGCGUGUAGAGACAAAGGAACACAGAGAAGACCAAAUCCGACAGCAGGAGGCCGAACAGAUUGACUUCCGAACUGUGCUCGGCCGCAAGGUCAACACCAAGAGCGUCUCUGAGGAAGACCUGAAGGAGAUCACGGCCGAGCAGAUGGACUUCAGGGGGAACCUUCAACGGCAGAUCAAGCCCAAGACGCUGACGGAAGAGGAACGUAAAGUCAACUCUCCACAACAGGUGGACUUCAGAGCAGUGCUGGGAAAGAAAGGAACCCCAGGCCCCAAACCUGGCCCUGGAUCCUUAGUGAAAACACAACCCAACAAAAAUGAAGCUGUUGACUUUAGAUCAGUGUUAGCCAACAAGAAAAAACAACCAAGCCAGGACAGGAAUGGAGAAAGCCACGGUGAUAAAGACACCAGAGGAAAGGACAAUGACGUGAAUUGUGUGGAUGGAGGGAGAAAAGAGAAAACAAAUUCAGUUGGGAAAAAAGAGCCCUUUUUUACAGAGAAACUGGUUGACGUGACGGUAUUGGAUGGGGAACGUUUGCAUCUACAGUGCCAACUUUCAUCUGAGUCUCCCGCUAAAGUGACAUGGACGCUUGAUGGAAAACUCAUCAAACCAUCCAAAUUCAUCGUCAUUACUUACGAGGGUGGUCUGUGCUCUCUAUCCAUUGAUAAAGCUCUACCUGAGGAUGAAGGAGAAUUUGUGUGCAGGGCAGAGACAAAUGAGGGAAAAGCAGAAUGUUCCUGCAUGGUCCUUGUGGAUGAAUGUCUGUGUUCAGAUCCCAGUGUCUCCACGCCAGCUGAUAAGCGGAGCAGGAAGCCCUCUACCCCGACCACAGAGAGUGAGGCUAAAAUAAAGAAACCCCCACCCAAAACACUGGCUAAACAAGGUGCUCCUCCUCAGAUCCUGCAGUUCCCUGAUGAUAUGAAGAUCUUGGCGGGCCAGGAGGUCAGUCUGCUGUGUAAGUUCACUGGAGCGCUGCCCAUCAGCUGCACCUGGCUCAAGUUCCGCAAACCAAUUCAGGAAGGUCAGGGCAUCUCAGUAUUAAGCACAGACAGCAGCAGUCAGCUGACCAUCACAGAAGGACAGCAGGAGCACUGCGGAUGCUACACCAUCGAAAUCAGGAACAGCUACGGCUUGAGACAGGCCGCCCUCAACCUCACUAUAGUCGAUAAGCCUGACCCCCCUGCCCGCGUCCCAGCAGCCUCAGAUAUCCGUAAAUCCAGCCUUACUCUGUCCUGGUAUGGGCCGACAUACGACGGGGGCUGUGCUGUCCAUUCCUACAACGUGGAGCUGUGGAACUCUGUGGACAUGAAGUGGACAGAUCUGGCGUCCUGUAACAGCACCUCUUAUAACGUACAGAACCUGCUUCCAGACAGACAGUACAAGUUUCGAGUGAGAGCUGUAAAUAUCUAUGGUGUCGGGGAGCCUAGUGCCGAGUCUGUGCCGGUGCAGGUGGGACUGGAGGCCGAAGAGGGAAAUAAAGAAGAUGAAGUUGAGCCCUCAGAUGAUGAAGAGAAGGCAAACUACAGAAACGUGAUGAUCAAGACAGAUGUAAAAGUGAAGGACCUUUAUGAUGUGGAAGAACGACUGGGCACAGGAAAAUUCGGGACUGUUUUCAAACUGAUAGAAAAGGCCACUAAGAAGGUUUGGGCUGGGAAAUUCAUAAAGGCAUAUUCUGUUAAAGAAAAAGAAAAUGUCAGACAGGAAAUUGCAAUCAUGAAUGACCUGCAUCACUCAAAGCUUGUGCAGUGUGUCGAUGCUUUUGAAGGAAAGACAGACAUCGUAAUGGUGUUGGAAAUGAUUUCUGGAGGGGAACUGUUUGAGCGGAUAAUAGAUGAGGACUUUGAGCUUACAGAGAGAGAGGUGAUCAAAUACAUGCUUCAGAUUGUGGAUGGAGUAAAUUUCAUCCAUAAGAAAGGCAUUGUCCACCUGGACCUCAAACCUGAGAACAUCAUGUGUGUCAAUAAGACCGGCAGCAAAAUCAAACUAAUUGACUUUGGACUGGCACGCAGACUUGAGAAUGCUGGAUCUCUGAAAGUCCUUUUUGGCACCCCAGAGUUUGUGGCUCCAGAGGUGAUUAAUUACGAGGCCAUCAGUUACACUACAGACAUGUGGAGUAUAGGAGUUAUCUGCUACAUCCUUGUCAGUGGUUUGUCUCCCUUCAUGGGGGACAAUGAUAUUGAGACGCUGUCUAAUGUGACCUCUGCGACGUGGGACUUUGAAGACGAUGCAUUUGAUGAGAUCUCAGACGAGGCCAAAGACUUUAUCAGUAACCUGCUGAAGAAAGACAUGAAAGCACGUCUGACCUGCGAUCAGUGUUUCCAGCACCCAUGGCUCAAACAGGACACCUCCAUCAUGGAGGCCAAGAAGCUUUCUAAAGAGAGGAUGAAGAAGUAUAUUCUGAGAAGAAAGUGGCAGAAAACAGGACAUGCGGUACGAGCUAUUGGUCGACUGUCUAACAUGGCAUUGAUGGCAGGGGUUCAUGCCAAAAAGGGUUCCCCCACUGAAGAGGACAAACAGUUUUCCGCUGAAUUGGAGCAGAAGACUCUAAUGAAACCCACGUUCAGCACUGUUAUUAAAGACGUCGAGGUGGUGGAGGGCAGCGCUGCUCGAUUCGACUGCAAAAUUGAAGGUUAUCCUGACCCAGAGGUGGUGUGGUAUAAGGAUGACCAGCCGAUAAAAGAGACCCGCCAUUUUCAGAUUGAUUAUGAUGAAGAUGGAAACUGCAGUCUGGUCAUUUCUGAGGUCAACGGUGAUGAUGACGCAAAGUACACCUGCAAGGCCAUGAACAGCAUCGGGGAGGCCAUUUGCACCGCCGAACUCCUCGUUGAGGUCAUGGGAGGAGAGGAGGAGGAGGAGGAGGAGGAGGAAGAAGAAUAGAAGACAAUCUCGUUUGCCAUGUUUCUUUCUUUUUCACGUGGUCCUUUUAUUCUCACUGUCUUUUGGACUUCCAGAUGAUGACAAUGAUGAUGAGGAUAAUGAAGACCUCUGAUCACCUUUUGCUGCAUUUCCUUUAUUGCACUUCCAAUUUGUUCUUUUUGUAUUUAUGCAACAGCCAGAGUCAGAUAUUCUUAGAUUCAGAUUUGUUAGUCACAUGGCUUUAAAGGGAUAGUUCACCCAAAAAUGAAAAUUAGCUUAGAUGUACAUUACAUUCUUCUUUCAGACGAAUACAA